CUUGUGAAGUUGAAUUUGAGAGAUUGUCAAUCCUUGGAGGCACUUCCAAAGAGCAUCGGCAAUUUGAACUCUCUUGUGGACUUGGAUUUGUUUAGAUGUCCAUCCUUGAAGGCACUUCCAGAGAGCAUCGGCAAUUUGAACUCUCUUGUGGAGUUGAAUUUGUAUGGAUGUCGAUCCUUGGAGGCACUUCCAGAGAGUAUCGGGAAUUUGAAUUCUCUUGUGGAGUUGAAUUUGUCUGCAUGUCGAUCCUUGAAGGCACUUCCAGAGAGCAUCGGCAAUUUGAACUCUCUUGUGGACUUGGAUUUGUAUACAUGUCGAUCCUUGAAAGCACUUCCCGAGAGCAUUCGGCAAUUUGACUCUCUUGUGAAGUUGAAUUUGGGAGAUUGUCAAUCCUUGGAGGCACUUCCAAAGAGCAUCAACAAUUUGAACUCUCUUGUGGACUUGGAUUUGUUUAGAUGUCGAUCCUUGAAGGCACUUUCAGAGAGCAUCGGCAAUUUGAAUUCAUUUGUGCAGUUGAGAUUGUAUGGAUGUGGAUCCUUGAAGGCACUUCCAGAGAGCAUCGGCAAUUUGAACUCUCUUGUGAAGUUGAAUUUGAGAGAUUGUCAAUCCUUGGAGGCACUUCCAGAGAGCAUCGACAAUUUGAACUCUCUUGUGCUUGUGAAGUUGGAUUUGAGAGUUUGUAAAUCCUUGAAGGCACUUCCAGAGAGCAUUGGCAAUUUGAACUCUCUUGUGAAGUUGAAUUUGUAUGGAUGUCGAUCCUUGGAGGCACUUCCAGAGAGUAUCGGUAAUUUGAAUUCUCUUGUGGACUUGAAUUUGUAUGGAUGUGUAUCCUUGAAGGCACUUCCAGAGAGCAUUGGGAAUUUGAACUCUCUUGUGGACUUGGAUUUGUAUACAUGUGGAUCCUUGAAGGCACUUCCAGAAAGCAUCGGCAAUUUGAACUCUCUUGUGAAGUUGAAUUUGGGAGAUUGUCAAUCCUUGGAGGAACUUCCAAAGAGCAUCGGCAAUUUGAACUCUCUUGUGGACUUGGAUUUGUUUAGAUGUCGAUCCUUGAAGGCACUUCCAGAGAGCAUCGACAAUUUGAACUCUCUUGUGAACUUG